AUUCACCACUCCCAAACACAACUUGCUUCAAUUUUGACGGCGCAAACCGCUGUGCGUCAUUUCGCCCAGCCUAAUCUCAACACGAAGUCACGAAUCCGUAGCAAAGGACCCGACACUUGGUUCAGCGUGCACAAUCACGAGCCGCGCAUUCUCUAGGCAAAAUCCAUUACCAAUCGUCGCCGAACUACGUACCUCUACGAAACGAUCGCGACAAAUCAAGCCUACCAACCUCGAAACCCAAACCGCGCCGGCGAACCACCUUCACUCCCCCCUCACACACCCGCCACAAUGGCGACAACAACACAAACAACAACCUCCGCAGAGGCAGGAGGACCGCAACAACUAAUCACCCAAAUGCUCACCCACACCGCACCACGCUACGCCUUCUCCUUCACGCCCUUCCUCCAGCGCACCUACCAACACUCUCUCCCCGCCGACCGACCCAUCUGCAAAGCCUACGCAUCCGGCAACUGCCCGCUCAAAUCCCACUGUCCCGAGCGCCACGUCACCUCUUCCAACAACCCCUCCCACGGAGGCGGAGGCGGCGGUAACACCUUCAGCGGCGGCUUUGGCUCGCUAGUCUGCAAGCACUGGCUCCGCGGCCUCUGCAAAAAGGGCGAGUCGUGCGAGUUCCUGCACGAGUACAACCUGCGCAAGAUGCCCGAGUGCAAUUUCUUCGUCAGGAACGGGUACUGCAGCAACGGGGACGAGUGUCUGUACUUGCACAUUGAUCCGCUGUCAAGAUUGCCUCCCUGUCCGCACUAUGAGAGGGGGUUCUGUCCGCUGGGACCGAGGUGCGACAAGAAGCAUUUUAGGAGGAAGCUGUGUUUGUACUAUUUGGCCGGGUUUUGUCCGGAUGGGAAGGGCUGUAAGGAGGGCGCGCAUCCGAGGUGGACGGCGGAUAAGGAUAUGGAGAAGCCGAAGGCCAAGGGCGAGGCGGAUCAGAUGCUGCUGCAGCAACAGCAGCAACAGGGUAUGGGCGAUGCUAAUGGCAUGGGUGGUCACGGUGGAGGAAUGGCACAGGCGACGGGCGCGAAUGAGUAUAUGGACCGAGAGAGGGAGCGGGAUAGGGAUAAUAGGGAGAGGGAGAUGAUGAUGCAGGGACGCGACAGGGACGGCGGUCCACAUGAUCGUCAUAAAGAUCGCUUUGGAGGAGGAGGAGGAGGCAGAGGUAGAGGAGGAUGGAGGGGAAGAGGAAGGGGAGGGUUCAGGGGUAAAGGUCAUUAGGAGAGCUUCCACCCCAGAGUCGCCAGAGAAGCCGAUCAAAAGCUACAUGAAAAAGAGGACAUACUCAAGCUCAAGCUUGAGUAUGAUAAAGAGGCCCAAGAAGUUGGCAUCAAGGAUCAGGUAUGCAUUAGGGAAUAGGGAAUGGGACAAACGGCGCAAGGCAGGGAGGGUUAUAUCCAUUGACUGUAGGUUAAGAUUCGAGUCACAAACUUGUAUGAUUAU